AUGACCUCCCAAGCUCCCGGACGAGAAAGGGCCUUCAGCGAUAAGGCCCAGGCGGCCAUGGCCCCGCAACGGCCUGGUCUGCAGGGAAGAACUUUCUCCGCCCCCGUGGGAGGUCUCUAUCGACUGGACUCUACGAGAAUGGCAACCGAGGGCGGAGUGAAGCCCGCACGACCUGUGAUUGAAGAAGAGGAAACCCCGACGUCCCCGGGAGGGAACGGGGUGUCCACCCGGGCCGAUGAGGUCUCGUCGAAGCCUCCCCUCCCCCAUGUCACCAUUGCGGUGAUCGGCCACGAAACGGCCGGCAAAACGACCUUCAUUCGAAGUGCUUUGGAUAUGAAGCAUUCCCCAUCCUCCCGAUCGACGACGAAAAAAAUGGCCCUGGACGGCAGUGUCUACAUUGUGCGGUUGUUGGAGAUCGAGGCGCGGGACAUUUCCGUCGCGAGCGACGGCACCGUGGAAUGGCCGCGAUUUGGCCAUGAGUCGCCUCCCACCGUCGAUGGAGCGUUGGUGAUCCACGAUGUCACUCAGCCUGCAAGUCUCUCGGAGCUCACGGGACUCUUAGACAGCUUCACCGAAUCGUCAUUUCCCUUCAUCUUGGUCGGCAGCAAGUGCGAUGUGCAGAGCGCUGAUGGACCUUGUGAGCCGGCGUUGGGGAACUAUGAGUUCCAUCGCACGUCUCCGGAUUCGCCGCGGUCGCAGAAGCUGUGUAUCGCCAUGGUUCUGCGAUCGGUCAUCGGGCGGAAAUAUGGGUGGAAAGGGUUGGACCACAUAAAUUCCGUUGCUGCUGCUGCAUCCCGCUGGGGCCUAGUGGAUUCUUCGCACGGUUUUGCUUCGCCUCGGACUGGUUAUCAUACGCGUACGCUCUCAGAAAACCCCACAGCCUUCCCAGGAGCCGCUGGCGGCCCAAUUACUGGUCCCCUGGAUUCAGGAGUCGAUGGGAACGGGGUCGACCGUUCUCCCACCGACCAGCCCUCCGCGCCAAUCCUGGCGUCGACUUCCCAGGGGUCACGAUAUGCCCGGAGCAAUUCGCAUCCGGUGCGACCGCAUACUCCCCCUACUGGGACCCGGCUGAACCCGCGACGGCCGUCGGCAGGGACCAACGAGUCCUCGCCGAGCAAAGAUCAUAACCGACAGCAUCGACUGCAUACCGCCUGGAGGAAUAGCGGCGGAUCGGACGCCUUCAACAGUUUUCUGGAUAUGGACGACGAAAUGGAUGGGGCCCGCAGCGCGCCGUCGAGCCCGGAGAGCAAGGACAAGGCGCCCAGCGAGGAGUCGUCGAACGAGACGGGCUUCACGUUUGACGAGCUGGUGGAUCGGCUGGUCGCGGAGCCGAUGUCGAAACAGGACGCGAAGUUCGCCUCGAUCUUCCUCUGUCUGUACCGCAAAUUCGCCGCGCCGGCGACGCUGCUGAAUGCGCUGAUCAACCGCUUCGAACGGAACGAGCGCGACACGACUGACCAGCUGACGCGCAUCGCCGACCAACUGCGCUUGCUGAACGUGCUGGCUCAAUGGGUGUCGGAAUACCCCGGCGACCUCGCGUACCCCAAGACGCGGAAGCGGAUCAUGGACUUUGUGUCCACGCUGGAGCAGAGCCCCUUCUACAUGUUCGCCGCCAAGGAAGUGGGGUCCUUCCUGGAGGCCCAUGCCGAGGAUGACGAUGUGGGAUGGGCGUUCCGCGACGGCGACGUGGACGCGUUUGAUGGACAGGAGACGUUUUUCGACACGUCCGGUCGGAGCUCGCCCUCUCUGUUUUUGGGGGUGUCGAACGGCGACGACGCCGGCGACGAGGAAGAGGAAGACCCGAUCUAUAACAUGAACACGCUGGACCUCAGCGAAGGGCUGGCCGAAGCGACCGCGAGACAUGGGCCGUCGCUGGGGCCCGACCGGCCGGGCACGGUGCUGAACCAGUCCUUCACGUGCCUCAGUCUGGAGGCGGCGCAGCGCGAGGCGCAGAUGUUGGAGCUCACGCCGCGCGGGCCACUGUCGAAGUUGCAGUGGCGGCAGUUCAUGGAGAUGCCAGACGAGGACUUUGCGCGCGAGCUGACGCGCAUCGACUGGAUCAUGUUCAACUCGUUCCGGCCGCGGGAUCUGGUGCGGCACGUCAGCAUCUCGGGGCCGGACAAGGACAAGAUCGAGAGUCUAAAGCACGUCAACCGCAUGAUCAAGCAGUUCAACCAUCUUGCGUAUUUCGUCGCCAGCGUGAUCCUCUUCCGCGACAAGCCCAAGCAUCGCGCGAAAGCGAUGGAGAAGUUUAUGAACAUCGCACAGAAACUCCGCCGCCUAAACAACUACAACUCCCUCGGGGCGGUAAUCGCCGGCAUCAACGGCACACCAGUCCACCGCCUAUCACAGACCCGCGAACUCGUCCCGAUGCAGACGCAGAAAGACUUCAUGAGGCUGGUCAUCCUCAUGGGCACGCAGAAAAGCCAUUUCGCGUACCGACUGGCGUGGGACAACUCGUUCUCCGAACGCAUCCCGUUCCUGCCGCUGCACCGGCGCGACCUCGUGUCGGCCGAGGAGGGCAACAAGACGUUUGUGGGCGACUCGCGCGCCCGCAUCAACUGGCGCAAGUUCGAGGUCAUGGGCGAGGUCGUGCUGGGCAUCCAGCACAGCCAGAAGACGCCGUACCCGCAGAUGCACCGGUACGAGGACGCGGCGCGGUUGGUGCUUGACAUGAAGUUGUCUGGGGAUGAUGAGGAUCUGUAUGCCCGCAGUAUGCAGGUGGAACCCUCGACGGGCGCGGACUCCAGCCGCAAGAAGUUUGGCUGGCUCCGCUCGUAA